CCUCCCCUCUACUGUAUGCCUCCUGUACAUCUGCUGCGCUUCUACUGUACUCUACUGCAGCUUCUAUUCCCAAAUAAUCUCUUCCUUUUUUCUCUUCCUUUGCGUCUCUCUUAAUCACCGGAGGUCGUUUUUGUUUCUUUUUUGGACCAGAAGCACAAAGAAAAAGUCCCUGAUGAAGACUUCUGCUGUUAAUAAUGAGUGAGUGGAAACUUAUUCACGACGUGACUUUUGAAUAUUUUUACUAUAUGCAGCUGAUAAAGAGCGCUGAACUGAACUGUCACCUUAACUAGGAAGAAAAGACCGAAGAGGCAUUCAGCAGAGCCGAACAGAGGAUCUCCUCCCGGUCCGCAUUCCCUCUUUUUUCUCUCUCAGAGCUCACUUUUAGUUUUUUUUACUAAAAGCUCCUGAAUGCUGAUUCGUUUCCCUUCAGUGACGGUACAAACGUGGGCUUUUUACAGCCUCACGCCCUUCCUUUCCCCCCGUUUCUCCGUCCUGCAGCAGUGCGUCGCCGCUGUGCGUAAAACCCAAACUCAGCCCCUGAUCUCCGAGACUAAACCUCCCGACACCGGGCUGUAAAAAGGGACCCCCGGCACUAACAGUACUUUGUACCCCGUUUGACUUUUUUUCAAGGCGAACAGCAAACCACCAUGGAUGUGUUUAAAAGUCGGUUGUUGGGGAUUUCCGUGGCCGUUGCGCACGGCGUUUUCUCCGGCUCUCUGAACAUCUUGCUGAAGUUCCUCAUCAGUACUUAUCACUUCAACUUCCUGACGCUCAUCCAGCUCCUGACCAGCAGCACCGCGGCGAUCACUCUCGAGAUCCUCAGGCGGCUGGGGAAGGUCAAGAUCCCGCCGUUCAGCAUCGAACUAUCCAAGGAGUUUGGCCCGGUUUGUAUCCUCUCCACGCUGCAGUCCACUCUCACUCUGUGGUCUCUACGUGGCCUCAGCCUGCCCAUGUAUGUCGUGUUCAAACGCUGCCUGCCGCUCUUCACGCUUAGCAUCGGCGUGUGUGUGCUGAGGAACGGCGUGCCUUCCAUCGGCGUGGUGAUUGCCGUGAUCAUCACCACUGCUGGAGCUGCACUGGCUGGCGCUGGUGAUCUCACCGGCGAUCCAUUUGGAUACAUCACUGGUGUGUUGGCGGUCAUCAUCCACGCCUCCUACCUGGUCCUGAUCCAGAAAACCAGUCUGGACAGCGAGUAUGGACCACUCACAGCGCAGUACGCCAUUGCUGUGAUGGCCUCCCCGGUGCUUCUGGUAUGCUCCUUUAUCUCCUUGGACACCAUCAACAUGUGGUCAUACGAGGGCUGGAAGGACCCACACAUCACGGUCAUCUUCGUCUUCUGUGUCUUUAUCGGCUGUGCCAUGAACUUCACCACGCUGCACUGCACCUACAUCAACUCCGCUGUCACCACCAGCUUCGUUGGCGUGGUCAAGAGCAUCGCCACCAUCACUGUCGGCAUGUUGGCAUUCAGCGAUGUUGCGCCGACGAAUCUGUUCAUCGGAGGUGUGGUGGUCAACACAGUCGGCUCCAUCACCUACUGUGUGGUCAAAUACUUUGAGGCGAAGAAAAAGAGCUUGUACGAGGACCUGGAGGAGGCUGGGAAGGAUGGUGCGUUACCUGGCGAGCCUUACCAAGAGAAACCAUCCCUGAACGGCGACGGGCCCGCUGCUGGCACCGGGUCUGAUCCAGGAAAUCCGGAGAUAGAGGGAGUAUUGAGCAGUGACAGGAUGGAGGAGGCAGCUCCAGCUGACUUAGCUAACGGAGAGUUGUGGACAGGGAAUGGUGGAAAAGGAGACGGAGAAGCAGGUGUGAAUUCCCACAUCAUGACGGAAAAGGAGAUGCUGGAGAUGCAGAGGGAGCACCUCCAAAGGGAGAACACCAGUUCCAGUCAGUCGGCUAGUGACAGCUAUGUUGGAGUGUGGAGGUCCAUCAGACAUCUGCAGUUUAUGAAGAAAGAACCUUUGAUUGAUAACAUGGAGCAGCAGAGUCCAUAAGGACAGGACAGAGACCUGGACAGACUCUAGAAAAGAAAACUGGGAAUGAAUUAGAGGAUAAAAAAAAAAGUCUUGAACAUGCUGAAGAAGGAAGAAGAGGAGACUAAAGCUGUCCACCGGGAACAUCUUUUAUUACCGUUAGCAGUGCUGAACAAAUGUGUGUUGGAAACACUGGUAAUGUUUGCUGCCCACGCUUUUGUGCUAAAAGUUCAAUUUCAUCACACAAGAUUUUUAGCGGAGAGAACAGGCUCUCAGUUUUGUUAAAAGCAGGAAAAUGACAGCCAUGUAGUUUGUUUAUGACAAGGAUUAACAAAAAAGAGGUUCCUGGUGGAGAAAACUGGAUGAAGGGUUUUGGAAGAAGCUGCCUGUCGGUGAUAAAUUCUGCCUCUUGUCUCCUUCAGCUCUUUGGCAUCUGCAGGGGACCAGGCUGGCCACGGUGUAGCAUGAUUUCGUUUGCGUCCCCGCGGAUUAGCCAGCUAGCCAAGCAAAAGCAGGUCGUGUAGAAAAAGAGUGCAACUUGUGCAAACUCAAAUGUCACAUCCAAUCAGGGAACAGCAAACAGCAGAAAACCUACAGUUUUUGUUAUAUGAAAACCUGGAUGAAUUCUUGUUUCUGAUUGGCUGGAGGCUGUGAAUUAAAACCUCUAAUGCACUCAGAUGAAGUUUAUUCAUUUGUGAAAGCACGCAGUGGCCAUUAAAUGAUAACAUAUCUAAAUCUAUGGUCACAUUGGGUUUGUUUAAGUCUGACAAUGAGUUUUAUUGUUUGUCUCCCUCUAACCUGCAGGUCCACUGUCACACUUGUUUACUUUUGGUUUACCAUUUAUGUGCUUGCUUAUGCUGCAUUCCAAGCAACUGGGAACUCUGACAUUUCCGACCUCACAGCAAAACAUGUUGUGCUUGUAAAUGGAUGUAGAAAUAUGUUGCUAGGUAGCUGGUUACACUAAAGAGAAGUUAUUCACAAGUUAUUCAGUAAAAAACAUUUGACAGCAUUAGUAAGCAUUUACUGACUUUUGAGGAUUACCACUUCAGUCACUUGUUUUCAUUAAAAUGGCAAAGAUUUUAAUUAACACCAUGGACAGUGCUGAGGGUGCAACUGGGUGUACACUUAAAAAAGAGUUUGUGAUGGUCAGCCAUGUUUUUUGUUCACUUUCGGCGUCAGGCAGCACCGUGCACCUGGAACGCUUUGAGGUUGAAAGUCGGACAUUUCCCAGUUCCGAUCAGUCUGGAAUGCAGCAUUACCGUCAUAGACAACAAAACUAUGUCAGCGCUUCUUUUGAUGUAUGCAGAGGAAAUGGAGAAAGAAAAAUAAUGUGCCGUCAUGUCGGGCUUCAAUGUCAUGUUCUGCUCAUGUGUUAUUAUAAAUUAUGGUUUACCUCCAGUACAAAAUAGAUAAUUCCAGCCGACAGUGAGGUCUGUGCAGAGGCAUCCAACACAAAGCAGAAAGUGGUUGCCUCCUUGUGUUUUAAAUCCUCCAAUGCACACCAUGUCCUGGAUAAUCGCUUUCUUAUUCCUCUCUUUAAUUUAUUACAGAAAGGUUGAGAAAAGGUACGGAUAGGUGGGGAAAGGAAAGGUGGCUGGGUUUAAAUGUUUUUAACCAGUUUACAGCUUUGGUUAGAUUUGGAGACAGUCCUGUUAAUGUUGGAAAGUGUUGUAUGCGAUUUGCUCUUUAACUUUUAUUAAUUUUUAUUUAGGUGGAAUCAUCAAUUGGUGAUAAAUCAGUUGUUCAAAAGAAAUUAUGCCUGUUAAUGUGGAGGUAGUGAAAUAUUAGCUUUACUUCCUAAAUGUGUUGCAGCUGAGGGGAAGCUGGGGCAGGAAAACAGCAGAAAUGAAGCAUCAUUGUAAUAUUAACCAAUGGGACAUCAGUUAAAGAGAGAGCAGUGUGAGUUGAUGCAAUAUGUACCUUUAGAGUGAGAUGUUCAAAUGGAUACCACACUCAUGACUCUAUAGAUGUGCUUAGCUUAGCUUAGCAUAAAGAGUGGAAACAGCUAGCCUGGCUCUGUCCAAUUAAAGUCCAGAAAUACACCUCCGAACACCGCUAAAGCUCACUAACAUGCUGUACCUUUGCAUUUAAAGGGGGUUACUGGCUAACAGUGACUGCCAAGAAAUAUUUCUGGCAUGUAACCCAUAAAACCAUGACAUCUUGUUUUUCAUGUCUUGGCUUGUGUACCAAUUUAACAACAUUAUCGAUUCAUCUUCAGAUUGUUUUUCCAAUUCAUUGUUUGGAAGUGUCCAAAACACUUUUCUUAAGCUCAGGGUGUUGUUAUGUUUUGUGUGACAAAAAGCCUGAAAUGUUAAGUUUCCUAUCACAUAGAAGCAGAGAAAAGCAGCAAAUCCUCUCAAUUAAGAAGCUGGAACCAACAAAUUCAUUUGUUUUCAGUUUUCAAGAAUUAAUUUUGUUCUUGAGAAAUGAUUUGAACGAUUAAUUAAAUCGCUUGAGAUACAUCAAAGUUUGACUUUUUGUAUCAAUCUGGAUCUUUAUAAUCUGUUUAUAAUCUAAACCUGUAAGACAUGUGAGUAGGAGACGGAAGCUUAGACUUUUGAUGCUAAAUUUUAGUAAAGACGCUGCUACAUUUCAAUUCUAACACCUUUGACAGACAUUUAAAAAUAAGCAGCAUCUUUGCACUAUAGGCUCAAGUGGAGCCAAAUAUUCAUUUGAUCGUAAUAUGGUGAUUUUCUUCAAAACAUUAAUUUACAAAAUCGCUAGUUCAGCUGCUAGCAUGUUGUUACGUUUGCUAGCUUUGCUAGUAAAGUUAGUUACCUGGUAAUGAAGCUGUGUUUUUUAUUUUUACUAGGUGACUUGUUAGAUUGCUUGACGUGUGAUAUAAUGUUACCGUUACGAGAGAGAUUACCCCACGCGUUCUCAUUUCUGUGCGUCAUUGUCCACGCUUUCAGACACCGUGACAAAGCGUAAUUAUUUUUAUCUAAAUGUACCCUUCAGCUUCUGUAUGAAACGCCACCGUUUUCUACGCAACCAUAGACUGUAUAUAAGAAAUGGACGUAGUCAUGGUGAUGUCACCCGUUGGUUUGUGGACUGCUGUUUUGAAGCCUCGAGUUUGGCCGAUAGGGCGCCGCCAUGUCGAGUUUGGAAUUUGGAAGUGACGAUACGGUGGAGCAAACGGCUGUGUGCGGAGCUAGCUAGCUUGCUUACUAGGUGCAACUGUAACUCACGUUAACUGUCGUUUUAACAGGCUGAUAACUUUGUCUAGCGAACAACAGUCUUAAAACUAAAUGUACUCAUCAGAGAAAGUGAACAACCGACUCCUAAUACGCUUUUCCAGCAGCGCUGGUUAACUUUACACAGCGCCGUGGGUACGAGUCGGCUCUAGCCUUAUGGACAGGUCGCCAUGGUAACAACUUGUCAAUCAUAGAUAACCCCGCCCUGAAACAUCCUC